UGUCGCUGCUUUGUUGUUGCUCUUUAGCUCUUUAGCUGUUGUCGACAUCAAAAGGAUGCCACCCAAAAGGGUAUCACAUUGCAACUUUGCAAGCUGCUUACUGUUUAUUCACUCGGCUGUGCGCGUAUGCGUGUGUGUAUUGUAAACACAGUUGCGCAAUACAACAUUCACCUGUUUACUCUGGCAUGUUGUUGUUGUUGCUUUUGUGUUGUCCGUGCGCUUUUUUGCUGCUAUGCGGCAGCAGGCUGCUGUUUGCGUUGGCAAAACUUUGCGCUUAACAACUGCUCACUGCUGACGGCCUACAGUCGGCAACCGGGCCAUUAUUACCUAAGACCGGCUCCGGUCGGCUUCAGUGCAUCUCGUUGCCAACACCUUUUCGGAGCCGGCGCCGACAACCAGUUGUGCAAGUGCUUGCCAGCUUUUCGGGGCUUCGACGCUUGGCAAGGCUUUCGAUUUCGUUCGUCCGUCACUUGGUGGCAUGGCCGUUCGCCGGUGUGGCGAGAAGGCAGCUUGCAAAUUUGCGUUUCGGCUUUUUAAAGUAGAAUUUCCUGAUUCUCGGGUAGGUUUAUGUUGGUUUAUGCUGGCCACUUGCCACAUUUGGCCAACGCCAACAAUGCAGCAACAACAAAACGGACAUUAGAAUUUUGGCAUGACAGCCGGGAAAUGGGCGAGUGAAUAGUGAACAACAAAACCUAACAACAACAAAGUGGAGAACUAGUAAAGUAACGACUGCAAAUGCAAAACGGCAAACGACUAACGGUCUUCGGUGUAGGGCCGGUUGACGCGGCGACCAAACGACUGCAUCGACGGCAGCGCAACGGUGGGAAAUUCAGUAAAUCUAUAAAACUAACUAGUCGUUGAAAACACGAGCUCAGUCGUGCACGGCACUUGGGAAAAGCGUGUCCGUCCGUCCGCGUAAACAAAUGCAAAACAAGUGAAUUAAUGUGUGUGUGUGAAUAGGAAGCGGGAGAAGCAUAAUGACGAUGACGCGCAGCGAAUAAAUUGCGCUUACAACGAUUGACGAAUCGAACGAAAUAUCGGAGACUGAAAUAAAAUUGAAAACCCAUCAAAAAAGAGCGCGGGAACCGAAAACUACUCAGUUGAGCAAAUGCACCCGGGAAAUUUGUAAAUGAGCAACUAAGAGUUGUUGCGUUGUGUUGUUGUUGACGCCAACCGGUCUCGUGCAAAGCGCGACUUGGGUGCGUGCAGUCGCCGUUCGCUUGGAGCUUUGGAAGCGCUCAACGGUCAGCGAUACCUCGAGCGGACACGAAUAAAUUGCCAUCAACUUCAUUCACAUCAACAGAGCGGUGCUAGACAGUGAGGCAGUGCAACAGUGGCGCUGUGAAGGACGUGGCGACAUACACCCAACUAAACAUCUGUGGAAUAUAGUCAGCGCCUGGCAACUAGUCCCAGGUAGUCCAUGUGUAAGGCAUCAGUUCUCUGUGCUUGGCGCGCAGUGGGCCGUAUGUCAACCAUAUGAGAGCCUUGCUAACGCGAGCGGAAGCACGGCACAUGGCGGUAGCGCUGAUGUCAGCGGCAGUCGCUUCAAUGCCAGUUUCAGUUGCAUCACAAGAACAGCUGCGGUCGCAACACUAUCAACAAGAACCAGAAAUAAAGCCAAAUUCACAGCCAAAGAAACCGAGUAUCUCUAUAAUAGAAAUAGCUGACGAUGACGUGAAAGCAAAUUAUCCAACCAAAGCGCAAAGAGAUGCAGACGCGGACACGACUGCAUCCCAACCGGCGCUGCAGAAGUUCGGCAAAUGUGUGCACAGCGCCAGCGAUGCGGCAAUUGUGCUGCGCGUCGGCGCGAAUUUGUGCAACGCCUGCGAGGGUCCCUGUGCGCUUUCCGCCCAACAAGACGAGCUGUCUGCGCCACCGACUCUAGUGACGAGCGCGGCUCCUGCUGCAACAGCGCGACCGGAAACGGCGGCGACAAAUCAGAGCACAUGCUGCACUGUCUGUUGCUCGCUGGCAGCGUUCGGCGCGGCGCAGGAGGACGAGCUGGAGAAGAAUCAGUAUUUGGCUGACUCUCAGCGCUGUUGGCCGCCGCCACUGUUCAUUACGCUGGUGUCGCUGCUAGAGAUUGCCGUCUUCAUAUACGAUUACAUGACAGUCAAAAUGUCUGUGACAGCGAUGCCUGUUACGAGGGCCACCGACGUCAGCGCGCACAAACCGUUCGUAGCGAGUGAGUCGUCGCUUAUCUAUCGGCCGGAUCGUCGUCUGGAGAUUUGGCGCUACGUCUCCUACAUGCUGCUGCACGCGAAUUGGUUCCACCUAAGCUUCAAUGUGGCCACGCAACUGGUGUACGGGCUGCCCUUGGAGUGGGUACACGGUUCGGCGCGCAUUGCCAUCAUCUAUUUGGCUGGCGUAUUUGCCGGCUCGCUGGGCACCAGUGUCGUCGACUCGGAUGUCUGUUUGGUGGGCGCCAGCGGGGGCGUCUAUGCGCUACUGGCCGCAUACUUUGCAAAUAUUCUACUGAAUUUCGGUCAAAUGCGCUACGGUGUGGGGCAACUGGUGCGAGUCGUCGUAUUCGUUUCCUGUGAUCUCUGCUAUGCAGUCUACAAUAAGUAUUACAACAACAACAAUAAUAAUAAUGUGGUCCAUGCAUUGAGCAAAACUUCGCCAACAAUUUCGUACAUCGCUCACCUGAGUGGCGCGUUGGCGGGCUUCACAAUGGGUUUGCUGGUGCUGAGGAAUUUCGACGGUUCACAUGCCGCGCCACCAACGAAAAUGCUGCGGUGGCUAGCGCUGAGCGUCUAUGCGGCUUUUAUGACAUUCGCGAUUGCGUUCAACCUCAUCAACACGGUCACUGCACAAAUGCUCGAGGCGGAGGGUGUGGAGGUCGAGCAGCGUUUACUUCAUAAUCUGGGCAUUACAUAAGCGCGCAUUACAACAUGGCCCCACUAAUUAGUUACUAUCUAGUUUAUAAAAGUUAUUUAUGGCUGGUUAAAUAGGUUAGAAAAUAUUUUAAAUUCAAUAAAAAAUUGUGUAUUACUG